CUAGCGGCAAAUGUGCUGUGCCGCAUCUCUACCAACCAGCCCUUCUAUAUGUGCCAAGGGUCGCCACCACGCUCGUGGGAUGCACAGGAUGUGGCAUUCUCACUGCAGGCGCCUAUCACUUCCACGAUUCGAGCUUUCCGGCUCACGCAGACUGCCCUGGGCCGCCUUACGCACGCUCUGUAGGUUUAACAUAGUACACUCCGCAGCCAUCCUUCCCUCCUAGUCUCACUCUCUUGUCAUCUGUACGCGCUGACCUCUCUGUACGCCUGCCUGCCUCUCUGCCUGUUUCAUAUUUACCGCCUGCAGCUAUCGUCGACGAGCCCGCGCCGGUUGCAUGCUCCACAGGAAACGGACAAGCGAGGAGUCGCAUUGAAAGAGCUUCAGAGAGUGGUCGCAUACUUGCAUACCAGACAUGUAUGGCUUCAGUUCGCUGUUAGUGGCAGCUACGACUAUCCAGCUUGCAGCUGCGCAUACUGUGAUCACAUAUCCGGGAUGGCGAGGGAACAAUCUACACACCACGGGCGAACUACCGCAGAACAACAUCGACACGAUCGGCAUAGAUUACAACAACAGCACGGGAGAAUAUGAGUUUCCCUUCGGCAUGCAGUGGAUGUAUCCAUGCGGUGGACUUCCUCAAGCACAGAACCGAACGAAAUGGCCAGUAGGAGGAGGAGCAUUAUCAGUACAGCCCGGAUGGUUUCCAGGACACAAAAAAGCGCUAUUCUACGUCAACAUCGGGAUAAUCGCCCAAGGGCAAGUGGCGCCGCCGAACAUGUCGCAUCCCGUCGUGGGGCCUUUCGAGGUGACAGGGCCCGACAAUUUCCAAUACAACGGACAAUUUUGUCUGCCACAAGUACGCUUUCCGGCAAGCUUGAAUCUCACAGUUGGCCAAAACAUCACAUUACAAGUGAUAGAAACUGCGCAACACGGCGCAGCACUAUACAGCUGCGUUGACAUAACACUCGUCGAGCCCGACGACGAAGACAUCGAGGAAGUCACACCACAAAACUGCUACAACAGCACAAAUCUCGGCUUCAACAAAUACUUCACAACACAAGCCCUCACAGCAGGCGCCUCAAGUUCAGCAAUACCCUCCGGAGCACUAUCAAUCGCCGCGAUGGUCUCUUUGUUCAUGUACAAUUUAUUAUAAAACCCCGACCAUCGACCAGCGACAAGAAAAACCACGACGAUCAUGACUCUCUUUUUAACCUCUUCUUGUGCAUACCUGAAAGCAUAGGGCCACGGGACGUGUGGGCCGGCCGCUCAAAAUGAUAUCCCGGAAGGAAUUUGGCACGGCGUUGAUGGAGGUUGUGCAUUUUUUUCUCACUUUAUUACAGAACUUGGGGCAUCAAGCAGUCACAGUCGCAGAUUCAAAGUUAU